AUGGCAGCUUCUUGGGGAUUUACACUUUUUCUCUGUGUGCUGCUGAUGGUGUGUAGAGGCUUGAGCCUUGCGGGUGUAGAUCCAGAUCAAACUUUAUCAAGCAGUGGUCAAGUAAAAACCCGUAAUCCACAAAUAGACAAUGCAAUGAGCUCAAACCAUUGCACUACUGGAGAAGGUGGCCAUGCAGUGGAGCCCAUCACUACACUGCCUAUUGUGUCCUGGAAGUGGCAUCAUGUCACCACCCCGUACCUGGUGGCCCUGUGGAUCCUGGUUUCCUGGCUCUGCAAACUUGUCAUUGAGGCCAACCAUCAUGUCACCAGCAUCAUACCUGAGAGCGCCCUGCUCAUCUGUUUUGGCUUCAUUUUGGGUGGCAUGAUUUGGGCUGCAGACAAGGUGCAAACCUUCAGGCUGACCCCGACAGUCUUCUUCUUCUACCUGCUGCCUCAAGUCAUUCUGGAUGCAGGCUACCACAUGCCAAACAAGCUCUUCUUCACCAACCUGGGCGGAAUCUUGGUCCAUGCUGUCAUUGGGACCUGCUGGAAUGCCGCCAGUUUGGGGCUGUCACUGUGGGGGUGCCAAAUGGGAGGAGCCAUGGGUGACCUGGACAUCGGUCUGCUGCAGUACCUUCUUUUCGGCAGUCUGAUGGCUGCUGUGGACCCCGUGGCCGUCAUCGCUGUGUUUGAGCAGGUGCACGUUAACGAUGUCCUCUUCAUCAUGGUGUUUGGAGAGUCGCUGCUCAACGAUGGUGUAACAGUGGUGCUCUUCAAUGUGUUUGAUGCAUUUGUGUCACUGGGAGGACCUAAAAUUGAUGCUGCAGAAAUGAUCAAAGGAAUAGUUUCCUUUUUUGUGGUUGCAUUUGGUGGUUCCCUUGUGGGCCUUGUUUUUGGCCUACUAAUUUCACUUCUGACCAGAUGCACAAAAAACAUCCAGAUCAUCGAGCCAGGCUUCAUCUUUGUUUUGGGAUAUCUUUCCUACCUGACUGCUGAGAUGCUUUCUCUGUCUGCUAUCCUUUCGAUUGUCUUCUGUGGAAUGUGCUGUCAGAAGUACAUCAACGCAAACAUGGAUGAAAAUUCUGUCCAAACAGUCAGAUACGCCAUGAAGGCUUUUGCCAACGGAUCAGAAACCAUCAUCUUUGUUUUCCUCGGCAUCUCGGCCAUCGAUAAGGUUAUCUGGGUUUGGAACACGGGCUUCAUCCUACUCACGCUCCUCUUCGUUUUGGUGUAUAGAUUCAUUGGUGUGUUUUUCCUCACCUGGAUUCUCAACAGGUACAGGCUGGUGCCCUUGGAGUUUGUAGAUCAGGUGAUUAUGAGCUACGGUGGCCUACGAGGAGCUGUUGCGUAUGGCCUGGCUGUGAUGCUGGAUGAGAAUAAGAUAAAAGAGAAAAACCUGAUGGUCUGCACUACACUCAUUGUGGUGUACUUCACUGUCAUCUUGCAGGGAAUAACAAUGAAACCUCUGGUCAUGUGGCUUAAAGUAAAGAGAGCUGCAGUGACUGAGGUUUCACUCCUAGAGAAAUUGACAAACAAGAUGUUUAAUCAUACUCUGGUUGCCAUAGAAGACAUAUCAGGACAAAUAGGACACAACUACUUGAGGAGCAAGUGGAAGUAUUUUGAGGAAAACUGGAUGUCAUGGAUUUUGAUGAAGCCAUCUGCAAGGAAGAAACAAGACCAAGUCUUUGAUGUCUUCCAUCAGCUGAAUCUCAAGGAUGCUAUGGAAUAUGUGACUGAAGGUGAGCGGAGGGGCUCUCUGGAGUUUGUCCGUAAUGAAAAUUCCAUUAUUGACUUCAAGAAAAAGUCUGAAAGUGAAUCCUUUGAUAUCAACAAUGCAAAUAUGUCAAAUGAUCAUGGUGCAAUGUCCACUACGAGUAGAGAUCCCAUUCCAUCAGUGAGCCUGGAAAUGCAUGAGCACACCAUGAAGGCUGUGAGGGAAGCUGAGGCAAUUAACGCUCACCACCUUCUGGAUCAGCAUCUCUACAAGAGCAGAAAACAGCAUCGGCACAGAUUCAGUCGCAGCCAUUUCGAUAUCAACAGAGAUGAAAAAGAAGUCCAGGAGAUCUUCCAGAGAACCAUGAGGAACCGACUGGAGUCGUUCACGUCUGCAAAAAUGGGCGUCAAACCACCAAAGACGAUUGUCAAGCACACACAAAAAGAACAGCAGCAGAAGAUGCCAAAUGGAAAGUCAAUGGGCAAGGCUAAAACCAGCUAUUGUGGUGAUGAAGGUUUGUAUGAUUGCUCAGAGGGAGACAGCGCCUCUGGCUAUGACCAAUCAUACAUGAGAGCCACGUACAGAGCAGGAGCUGGGAUUGAGAACCCAGCCUUCAUGCCGGACCUGGACCCCAUGGAUUUGUUGCAGAUUCCGCCUUGGCUUGCGGAGAGUGAGCUCGACAGCAGCAUGGUGGCUCUGUCACAUCGAGCCCAGGUGGAUUUGCCAAGGACCCCAAGCAACCUGCGCCGCCUGGCCCCUCUUCGCGUCAGCACUCGCUCCACUGAUUCCUUCACACUGGAGAACAUUCUUGACACACAGCAGAUGGACAGCAAUCAAUUGCCGCCGCCCCCUCCUCCUCGUCCUCCCAGAGACGAUGGCUACGCGUAGCUGGAUCCCAACCCAAACACUCGACUCUGCCUCACUUGAAUCUGGCUGCCAAAGAAACGAAACUAAACUCAGAAUGUUUAACCGUGUACUCUAAGAAUACUGACUAGGAAAUAUUUUCUUUUCCAUUUAUGUGAUUAACCUUAACUCCUGUGUUUCUACACAAAACACUGACAGUUUCAUGACCUGCGCGUUCUUUAGACUGCUCCUGUUUUUGUUUUGGUUCACGCUUCGCUGGGCAAAAGAAAACUGCACUUAGAGCAAGGCAUGUUAUUCACAGGGCACAUAGAGCACUGUUAAAUAUUGUCCUGUGGCUCAACGUUGACAUGCAAUUGAAAAUCAUUA